CCUUGAUCCUUCGCGCACUCCUUAGUUCUCCUAUUCCCCAGCCAACCACAACUAUGCCCUUGUGUCGUGGUGUCGCUAACGCCAGGGACAGCCCAACUAGUUAGGACGUGUUCCGCCAAUUAUCGAGCCAGCGGAAAGUUUUUUGUUGUAGUUUCUGUGCACACGCUGCGGCGAAGGGAAGGCCGAUCGGUUAGUUUCCAGACACAUAAACCCGUGUUAGUGCGUUUCGAGGAUCUGGGUUGCUAGUUGAAUAAACGGCGGGUUAGUGUCUGUUGUUCGGUCCUAGUGGUUGAGUUGUGCAAAACAAUUCGAUCAGACCUGUGGGGGUGCGUGUGAACCCAUAUUCGUUAUGAUCCCUGUUUGUGUUCUAGGUGUCUAGAUAUCUUAAGCGUGUACAGUGCUUAUUUCUGUGCCUCCCGAUUAACAUAACGUAGUUUGGGAUGUAUCGUCUGUGCCUCACUCCGCUGCGGGUCACCCGUAGCGCGUUAACUUUUCGGGCAGUGACCCAGCAUAAGGCUAACCAAUACUUUAAUUAUAAGACGUUCACACCGGCCGUUGCGUCGUCGUCCGCAUUGGUACAUAGACGAGGAAAAGGAAACAGCAGGACGUACGUUUUCCCACAGUAUCAUCUAUAUUCGACGGCCAUACCACAAGGUUCACGGUCCACUCAACUGCCCCCUCUGCCACCUACGCCGCCGAACAAUAGAGAAUCGAAGGAAGAAGUGGCAAAUCCUUCUUCUAAAGUUGAGACAACUGUAAAAGCCCUCAUCAAGGAAGAAGUUGACAAGAAGACAAAUCAGCCUACGGCGAGCGCUUUUGUUCAGCCUGAAGGUUUGCAAGAAGGGGUCAUUCCACCACGGUCACUAAUGAAACGAAUUAUCGACGAACUUAUACAUUACUAUCACGGGUUUCGGUUGUUAUUCAUCGACAUUCGAGUAUGCAGUCGACUUCUGUAUCGGAUACUUAAUGGCCAGGACUUAACACGGCGUGAGCAUAAACAAUUGGUUCGAACAACAUCUGACCUGUUUCGACUUUUGCCAUUCUCAGUGUUUAUCAUCGUACCUUUUAUGGAGCUGUUGCUACCGGUGGCACUGAAACUCUUUCCAAACAUGCUCCCAUCGACGUUCCAAUCAGCCAAGGACGAGUCGGCGAAGAUCAAGACGCAACUGAAGAUGAAGUUAGAGAUGGCCAAGUUUCUACAAACAGCCUUAGAUGAGAUGGCUGUUAAAAAAAAGGGUGAAACUCACUCUCAUGCGGCAAAGGAGUUUGCUAUGUUCUGUGAGAAGAUCCGAGAAUCUGGCAAUUUCGCUAGCAGUGAAGAAAUCCUAAAGUUUUCAAAACUGUUCGAAGACGAGAUUACACUAGACACACUGAACAGGCAACAGCUAGUUGCACUCUGCAGAUUACUUGAUAUACCCACAUUAGGAACCACACAGGUGCUUCGAUUCCAAUUACGGAUGCGACUAAAAAACCUGAAAAAUGAUGACGCCCUUAUAAAGAAAGAAGGCUUGGAUGCAUUGACAGUUCAAGAGUUGCAACAGGCAUGCCGUGCUAGAGGUAUGCGUUCUCUAGGGGUGCCCGAGGAAAAGCUGCGAUACCAACUUAACCAGUGGCUUGAUUUAAGUUUAAGGGAAUCCAUUCCCCCAUCUAUGUUACUUCUUUCGCGGGCGAUGCUAUUGCCAGAAAAUGUCAAUCCCACAGAGCAGCUUAGGGAAACUAUUUCUCAUCUACCAAAAGAAGCGAUUACAGGAGCGAAGUAUAAGAUUGGUGAGGUUGAAGGCAAAGUCGAUAACCGUACAAAAUUAGAGAUCAUCAAACAAGAGGAGCUCGCCAUUAAAGAAGAACAACGCGAAGAGAAACGGGCUCAGAUGGAGGAGAAGGUCAAGGAGACAGAAGCUAGAAAGCGGCUCGAAAAAGAGAUAGAAGAUAUCGCUGCAGAGAUUUUAGUUGCGAAAGAAGAGCGUCUUAUUGACAAAGCUAAAGUAAUUGCGCCCACCGAGGAGGAGCAGAAAUUGUCGAAACAAGAUCUCGAUGAGCUGGAAGGAGCCCUCGAAAAUAUCGCUGCCGAAAAGAACCGGCUGCUUAUUGAGAAGGAAGAGAUCGAGGAAUUAAAGAAGGAAGUCCAGGAGUACGAAGAGGAUGUACAGGAACUCGUACAAGUUACAAAGGGCACAGGUGAGCUACAGGAGGCUAAGGGUGCUCACCGACUGUAUAAAAAGGUUAACUCGAUGAUCAAGAGUCUCGAUACUAUUAUCGAGAAGUUAAAUGAUGAAAAGAAGGAGCUUAAGGAACAAGAAACUAUUAUCAAAGAUCAGGCGACGGCUGAGUCUGUGCGAGACGACAUCAUUGGUAUCAACGAAUUAAUGCUUUCGAUGCGCAGACUUCAGAAGACCUCCGAUGACACUCGAAUCCAGAUGAUUCAGGAGAUCCUUAACACAAUCGAUUCUGACCACGAUGGGAAGAUCGAGAUUGACAUCGUGCUCAAGGUCAUUGACGCCGUAGGCCGUGAAAAUGUCAAGGUUUCACCAAAGCAUAUGAAAGAAAUUAUUGAACUGAUGCUACGAGAAGAAGCAAUUAAGAAACGUGAAAAGGAGGAGAAGGAACUUGAACAGGUGACAGCAAAAGUCAGUACUGAUAACGGUAACGAUGCCUGCAAGCCUACAACUUCAACAUCAGAGGGCGGAACUCGUGCACCGCCCUCGUAGCCUAAGCAAUUUUGGGAGAGGGGAUCAAGAGCGAAUUUAGGACUUCUAGAGAUUAAUUAAUCCUAAAUCGGGGUGUUAUGUAACUACGUUACUAUGAAAGUUAUGUACAAGCGCAUGUUCAAACUUUGCAAAUGUUACUUUAGCGUGAUUAAGUAGACUGAGUAAAAUACAACUCCUGUGUCGAUACUAAUCUGCGACAAGAUGCUGAAACCCAAGAGACCCUUUAGUGGUUAAGGGCUGACGAAUCGACGUGAAACACUUAGGUAGUACUUUGUCCAAAAAUGUAGCACAUCUUACAUAGAAGGACCAUAACUAUUAUAUAUAUAGUACUUUAAGAAAAAGAUUUCAUUUUCUAUACGGUGUUUCAGAUAAAAGAUUUAUCGACCUUCACUAGCGCAUUAUGUUAUGUGUGACAUUUAAAAGAAAAGACAAUAUAUAAGUACAACUGCACAAUGCAAAUGUCGCUAUUGAAACAGCUACUUACUGGACAAAUAGGGUGUUUCAGUAAAACUUUAAUUAGUGCAUAAGAAGCAAAAAACACGUAUCACGGACACAUCCUUCGCGCGCAAACAUACACAGGCACACAAACCAUGAAGCUUUCCUGUUGAAAGCUGAGUAUUGCUGAACGAUCGUUAACAAUCAAUUAUCUAUGUAAAAAUUGUCUGCCUGCUUCUUAACAAUGGGCUGCAAUGUAAAGAGUACAGCUUCGCCAUUAUCGUUUGAAAUGGAGCUUUUAAAGCUGACUAUCAUAGCGUAGUGAGCGUCUAAAAAAUACAGCAGAACGGGGUUAUUUAGGGGUUAACAUAGUGAGAAUAGAGUAACAGACAGUGAAGUAAAGAUGAAACCGGUGUCUUUCGGUGUAAUUAAAACAUAUGCACAAAAACUGUAGAUUAGGAAGAUACCAACCAAGGGUUAUUCCUGACUCCCAGUGUACUUAUUGGUAUACUCACUGACUGUUAAACCGUAGUGUGUCUGCUGGUUUAACUAUUUGUGUAAGAAAGUAAGGCGGCAGUGGCAUUGUCUGUAAUAGGAUAGAAACAUAUUCGGCGAGUCGAUGGCUAGUUAUAACCUGUUAUUUGAUUGAUCCAUUUUGGGAACAUUGCAAUCUUUUAUUUACGACUAUGCUAUUUUCGGUUAAUUUUUUAAUAAACUAUUUUUAUUAUAUAGAAUAAGAACAAAAAAAACGCAAGACACGUAACCAAUCGUACUGUAAGAACAUAUACAAGAGAAGAUAAUGUAAGUGCACGAAGUCUUGGUUAGAAGGUAAUACGCAAAAGAAGUGAAAACGAUCUGUAUGUCAGCAGUGGCUCUACUUUCGGUAUUCAUAAAAACAUAAUAUACGUGUAUAACAGUCCAUAUAUACAUUAUACAUACAUA